UCAUUUGAGCUGAGCUGAGACAAAAAUCAAUGGUUUCUAUUUUAUUAUCAUUUGACUGGUUAUCCUACUAUCUCUUCUCUGAAAUUUUUCUAAAAACAAAUUGAAAAUGAAAUCAUCAGCAUCAGCAUCAGCAUCAUCAGAUCUUGCUCUUCUUUUGCUUUCCUUAUCAUUCACGAUGCUCGAGGUUGCUGUUUCACAAAGUAAUAAUACCAGAGGUGCUCGUCUAUCGAUGUUUACUAUUGUAAAUAAUUGCAGCUAUACAGUUUGGCCAGGGGUGAUAACAGAGAGCGGAGGCUCACAGAGUUUUCCUACUACAGGUUUCAGUCUUAAUCCCGGUGAAUCAACAUCUAUUUCUAUUCCAAGAUCUUGGACAGGUCGAAUAUGGGGUCGAACUCUUUGCACUCAAGACUCUUCUGGCAAUUUCUCUUGCCUCACCGGGGACUGCGGCACAUCUAGACCAGAGUGUUCUGGUAGGUUGCCCAGGCCCCUGGCAACCCUUGCAGAGUUUACUUUCGAUAGUUCUGUGGGAUCCGAUUUCUAUGAUGUUAGCCUUGUUGAUGGAUUCAAUCUACCAUUGAUGAUAUCCCCACAUGGUGGAACUGGAGGUGACUGUAACUCAUCUGGAUGUGUUGCGGAUUUGAAUGAUGACUGUCCUUCGGAGCUUAAGGUUGUCAAUGGGAGUGAGACAGUUGCAUGUAAGAGUGCUUGCUCUGCUCUUGGGGAGCCCCAGUAUUGCUGCACCGGAGAUUAUGGUUCUCAAGCUACGUGCCAGCCCACUUCUUACUCACAAUUCUUCAAGACUGCGUGUCCUACAGCGUAUAGCUACGCCUAUGAUGAUGCAACCAGUAUGUUCACUUGUGUUGACGCUGAUUAUGAUAUUACUUUCUGCCCUACCCCUUCCACCAGUCCCAAUCAACUGUACGAGAAGUGCCGCAAUGCAGUGUUUAAAUGUGGGAAUAUCUCCAUUGGAUAUCCUUUCUCCGGAGGUGAUCGAGAUCCAGAAUGCGGACAUCCUGGUUUGGAGCUUCACUGUGACGUUUUUACUAAUACUACUAAGAUUGAAAUUGUUGGUGUAAAGUAUGAAGUGUUGGACAUCCAUCAUGAAAGUCGAAUUCUAAGGAUUGCUAGGGAGGACUUCAUCAAGAAUGGCUCUUGUCAUCCUCAAAUUCCAAUUCAAGAUUCGAUCCUGAAUUCUGAGCCAUUCGUUCUAGGUUCUGGAAAUACCAAUCUUACUCUGUCCUACGACUGCCAAUCUUCAUCGAGUCUUGGAAUCUUCCCUUGCAAUUCUUCAAAUUACAACAAUGUUUCCAUAACUACAGAUAACAUUCGUCCAGAUGGAUGUUCAGCUAAUGUUAGAGUCCCGAUUCUUCAAUCUUCCUGGGAAAGACUUCGAAACGAUUCCCUGGAUUUGGAAGAAGCAUUGGGAACAGGAUUCGAGGUGCAAUGGAAGGAAGAUACGGAAGCCUGCCGGAAGUGCAAUGCUUCUGGUGGAGCCUGCGGUUUUGACAAGUCCAACAAUCAAACAUUCUGCUACUGCCCAUCAGGAUUUGAGAGUUCACCGGAUUCCAACGAAUGCCAUGGAGCCCUUCUCCCACCAUCCCCAGCAAAUACUGGAAACAAUAAUACCAGAGGUGGGUCCAAAUCCAAGUUGAAGCUGACUCAAUAAUCAUAGGUAUGAAACUGUCUGUUGGGUAAUAAUGUGGUUUGAAUUAACUAUAUAUCUUCUAAGCACACACUAAAUACAUCACAACUACUAUAAUUGUAGUGUUGAAAUAGCUUUUAAUUAAGUUGAUUUUAAAUAAAUGUAUAUACUCUUUCUAUAUCUUUUAAUGCUUUUCUUUUAAAUUAAUAA